AGCGACCUGACCCCAGAGGAGUGCCAGGAGCUGGAGAACAUCCGCCGCCGCAAGCAGGAGCUGCUGGCUGACAUUCAGCGGCUGAAAGAUGAGAUAGCAGAAGUGACGAAUGAGAUCGAGAACCUCGGGUCCACGGAGGAGAGGAAGAACAUGCAGAGGAACAAGCAGGUGGCAAUGGGCAGGAAGAAGUUCAACAUGGAUCCCAAGAAGGGCAUCCAGUUCCUGAUCGAAAACGACUUGCUGAAGAACACAUGCGAGGACAUCGCUCAGUUCCUUUAUAAGGGAGAGGGCCUCAACAAGACCGCCAUCGGGGACUACCUGGGCGAGAGGGAUGAGUUCAACAUCCAAGUUCUGCACGCCUUCGUGGAGCUGCACGAGUUCACCGACCUCAACCUCGUGCAGGCGCUGCGGCAGUUCCUGUGGAGCUUUCGGCUGCCGGGGGAGGCGCAGAAGAUCGACCGGAUGAUGGAGGCCUUUGCCCAGCGGUACUGCCAGUGCAACCCCGGCGUCUUCCAGUCCACAGACACCUGCUACGUGCUCUCCUUUGCUAUCAUCAUGCUGAACACCAGCCUGCACAACCCCAACGUCAAGGACAAACCCACGGCGGAGCGCUUCAUCGCCAUGAACCGUGGCAUCAACGACGGGGGGGACCUGCCCGAGGAGCUGCUGCGGAAUCUCUACGAGAGCAUCAAGAACGAACCCUUCAAAAUCCCUGAGGACGAUGGCAAUGACCUCACCCAUACCUUCUUCAACCCUGACCGGGAGGGCUGGCUCCUGAAGCUCGGAGGCAGGGUGAAGACGUGGAAGCGGCGCUGGUUCAUCCUGACCGACAACUGCCUUUACUACUUCGAGUACACAACGGAUAAAGAGCCCCGUGGCAUCAUUCCCCUGGAGAACCUGAGCAUCCGCGAGGUGGAGGACUCCAAGAAGCCCAACUGCUUCGAGCUCUACAUCCCUGACAACAAGGACCAGGUGAUCAAGGCCUGCAAGACGGAGGCAGACGGGCGGGUGGUGGAGGGGAACCACACCGUGUACCGCAUCUCGGCCCCCACGCCCGAGGAGAAGGAGGAGUGGAUCAAGUGCAUCAAGGCAGCGAUCAGCCGGGACCCUUUCUAUGAGAUGCUGGCCGCCAGGAAGAAGAAGGUGUCCUCCACAAAGAGACACUAGCAGCCCCCGCUGGCCCUGCGAGACCGGCGUGCCCCUGUCAGCGCGAGCAUCUCCCCUUCCCGGAGGGCUGCAGCCCGGCCCGCGGUGCCAGGACCUAGCUUCAGCUUCGCAGUUUCUUUACCGUGGGGGGAGGGAAGGGGCAAGGGCGUUUCGGUGGCUCUGGCCCCCGUGCCACCGUCUCACCUCCAGACAGUGCUGGAUCGAGGUGGGACACCCCUGUGCGCGGGGAGUCCCCGCUCCUUGCUCCCAGGUCAGCCGUGGGGUGGUAAAUGCUGCCUGCGAGCACGGGCUGGGCAGCAGGGCCUUCAGGCAUCCUUCCUGCUCUGGGUUCCCCCCGAUGGCAACUUCCAGCCCGGGGCACUGAGCCUGCAGCUGAACAGGAGGGAGGGGAGCCUGGCUCGGGGGAGGGACCUGGGGGGACCCCGUGUUGGGGACGUGCUUCUGGGUCCCCCCAGCACUGGGAUCUCCUGAAGCACUUGGGGUGUCCCAUCGUGGGGGUGAACAGCUGGCGGUUUU